AGUGAAGACAAUAGUCCAGAGAGGGAGGUGGAAAGCUACAGGAAGCUAAAGCUGUGUGUAUUUGUGGAUCAGACAAGUGCAGCAAGUUAAUAACAUUGGCUUCUGAAGGGGAGAGUGAGGUGAUGGCUGCGUUUAAGUUGGAUUUCCUUCCAGAAAUGAUGGUGGAUCAUUGCUCUUUGAAUUCCAGUCCCGUCUCAAAGAAAAUGAACGGCACCCUGGACCACCCAGACCAACCGGAUCUUGAUGCUAUCAAGAUGUUUGUGGGCCAGGUUCCAAGGACCUGGUCAGAGAAGGAUUUGAGGGAACUGUUUGAACAGUAUGGUGCUGUCUACGAAAUCAACGUCCUAAGGGAUAGGAGCCAAAACCCUCCUCAGAGCAAAGGGUGCUGUUUUGUUACAUUUUACACCCGAAAAGCUGCAUUAGAAGCUCAGAAUGCUCUUCACAACAUGAAGGUCCUCCCAGGGAUGCAUCAUCCUAUACAGAUGAAACCUGCCGACAGUGAGAAGAACAAUGCAGUGGAAGACAGGAAGCUGUUUAUUGGUAUGAUUUCUAAGAAGUGCACUGAAAAUGACAUCCGAGUCAUGUUCUCUUCAUUCGGACAGAUCGAAGAAUGCCGGAUAUUGAGGGGACCUGAUGGCCUGAGCCGAGGUUGUGCAUUUGUGACUUUCACAACAAGAGCCAUGGCACAGACAGCUAUCAAGGCAAUGCACCAAGCACAGACCAUGGAGGGCUGCUCUUCCCCCAUGGUGGUAAAAUUUGCUGAUACACAGAAGGACAAAGAGCAGAAGAGAAUGGCCCAGCAGCUCCAGCAGCAGAUGCAGCAAAUCAGCGCAGCAUCUGUGUGGGGAAACCUUGCUGGUCUAAAUACUCUUGGACCCCAGUAUUUAGCACUUUAUUUGCAGCUCCUUCAGCAGACUGCCUCCUCUGGGAACCUCAACACCCUGAGCAGCCUCCACCCAAUGGGAGGGUUAAAUGCAAUGCAGUUACAGAAUUUGGCUGCACUAGCUGCUGCAGCUAGUGCAGCUCAGAACACACCAAGUGGUACCAAUGCUCUCACUACAUCCAGCAGUCCCCUCAGCGUACUCACCAGUUCAGCAGGGUCCUCACCCAGCUCCAGCAGCAGCAGCUCUGUCAAUCCCAUCGCCUCCCUUGGAGCCCUACAGACACUAGCUGGAGCAACAGCAGGCCUCAACGUCAGCUCUUUGGCAGGGAUGGCUGCUUUAAAUGGUGGGCUGGGCAGCAGUGGCCUUUCUAAUGGCACUGGGAGCACCAUGGAGGCCCUCACGCAGGCCUACUCGGGGAUCCAGCAAUAUGCUGCAGCGGCGCUCCCCACUCUGUACAACCAGAACUUGUUGACACAGCAGAGUAUUGGUGCUGCUGGAAGCCAGAAGGAAGGUCCAGAAGGAGCCAAUCUGUUCAUCUACCACCUGCCCCAGGAGUUUGGAGACCAGGACCUGCUGCAGAUGUUUAUGCCCUUUGGGAAUGUCGUGUCUGCCAAGGUUUUCAUAGACAAGCAGACAAACCUGAGCAAGUGUUUUGGUUUUGUAAGUUACGACAAUCCUGUUUCGGCUCAAGCUGCCAUCCAGUCCAUGAACGGCUUUCAGAUUGGCAUGAAGCGGCUUAAAGUGCAGCUCAAACGUUCGAAGAAUGACAGCAAGCCCUACUGAGCGUGCUCCCUUCUGAGACUGGAGUGAGAGGGUCUUCUGGCACAGCUUGCCCUGAAGACUCGGCUACUGCCUUCUGUGGGAAUUUCGCUUCGUACAGAGGACAAGUUUGUGCUUUGGUUUCCAGUGUUUUACUUUGGAGUUUAGGUGCCAUAUCCUGAGUUUUUUUUCUUUAUUUAAAAGUUUGCUGUGUUUGUAACCAGUGUGUUGAGAAGGACCAACAUCAAACUGCCCUGGGGGAGGAGGGGGAAUGGAGAAACAUUAAAAAAGAAGAUCAGAAUUUGCCCCAAACUACCCAAAGAGAGAGGACUGAGUGAAACAAAAAAUUGACCCCCAGAAUCUUCCUGAGCGCGAGAGUGGGUGAAAUGAGAACUGACAUCCAAGAGCUUUUGGGGGGCGGAGGAGGUGGGGUUGGCUUUGGAGAGUGAGAGUGACUUGACACCCAGCAGCCCUGGGAGCUGGAGGCUAAAACUCCUCCAUAGCUGCCUUCUGUGGAAAUACUGAGUUCUUGCCACCUAUUUUUUAGAUUCUUGUCUGGGAUUUCUGCCCCUCUUUCCUAAGAAGGGGCUAACAAUUCUCUGGAAAUAAAGCACCUGUUAAAUUAGCCUGACAUAUGCAAAAAGCAGGGAUAUAUCACCCAUUACCAGCUUUCCCAGCCAGCCAUUGGUGUUGGAUUGGCCCUGCCCUCCUGGCUGGUGGCUGUUAGGAAGCAGCAGCCGGUCAAAGAGGUCAUUUUUAGUUUACUUCAACACCAAACUGUUAGACCGUGGCCCAUUUCUACCAGGUCCCUUUAAAGAAGGCCUCUGGGGAAGACACUGUCUGGUCUCUUCUUUAUAGUUGACCACAGUGAGGAAUGUCUCUUCCAUCCCCAGCCACAGGUUUCUCACGAGGGUAGAUCCAAGAAGGGCUUACAGCAUCUAGUUGAAGGGAGCACCUCUCCUGAGCAGAGUGACCAAAAGCCAUCACGCUGGGGGAGGAGGAGCCUGCUUCUUGGUGUACCUGAAUCAUAAGGUCCUGUUAAGCCAGUGCUGCGUUUGCCAGUGGCCAGCACUCAGCACUUAAAAGGGUUAAGAAAUCCAUGUUUGCCUCCUUGGUUGAGAUGUCCCAGAUGUAGUGUCAAAACGGAGGCAGGCCCCUCUUCUGCCCGCUCCAGCCCCAUCUUCUGCUCUUGGCGACAGAGGAGACAACAGGACGUUUACAACCUCCAUAUGGAUUUAGUGUUCAUUUACCUCAGCAUCACCGUGUUCGUUUUUGUCCUCGUGCUUACAGUUAGCUCCCUGCUGCCUCCCCCAGGUCUCACUGCAGCCCUUGCCUGUGACCCACACAGCCUCUGGGCUCUGCCUCUGCUCCCAGAAGUGCUGCGGGGGUGGAGAGCCAGAAAGAACACGCUGUUGGGAAUGUGUACCUGGGCAGAGGUGGCCCUGUUAAGAUACGAUCUUAGCCAAGGCCAGGGGCCGGGUCCCUGGGAUCUUAAACCUCACAAACAUCAGUCCUGACCCUUAGCAGCAGAGGUGAGAUUAAAGGGGUUGGUUGGCUAUUAAGUCAGAUGGGGGCUCUCUCCUUGUCAUGCUGUCCAUUUGGGCCACAGACAAGGAUUGACUGUCUUGCUGUUGUGCAGGUAGUUGGUGGUGUUGGAUUAUCCCAUUGAAGCUGGGACAGCUGUUCCCUUCUCAUAGUGAUAACUUGGGUCUGUUGUCCUCUAAGAAACGUGAAACGUACUUCUUAAGCUGAACCACGUAAACUUGAAUUCCACGCACUGGGAGAAAUGUGUCCUGUGUUUCAAGGAUAAAACUGUUCCAAAGGCUUCCAGGGUCAUGAUGGGAUUUUUUAAAUAAAUGCAAAAAAUAAAAAUAAAAAAGAAAAAAGACAACAAAAAAAGAAAAAAAUGCUAGGUUGGGGAGGCGCUGUUCUGAAUCCCAACCAGCUGGAACCAAGAAUGUCGUUUCUAUUUUUAUAGAAGUUUUAUACAGCUCCGGGGUGGAGAAUAUUUAUUACCUAAAUUAUAUCUCUGGAAAAGGCCAGGAUUUUGUAGAAUCCAGAAUGUGAUUGUUGUACACACAGGGUGCUGUGUAUGAUUGAAACUACUGACUUUCUGUGGCCGUUUGCAGCCCAGCUAAUCUGCCAGAGGGGGAAGGAGUUAAUGCUGUGAAUUGGCAGAGGAGAGAGCUGUGCUCCCCAGGGUGCUGCCGGUGCUGUGAUCGCUAACCUGUUCUGUCUUCCUCCUUGGCCAUUGUGGGGCUUUCCAAAGCCCAGAACUCCACUCUUCUUCCCACUUUCUUCCCUUUCUCUCCCUCCUCCCCCAGUUCACUAUUAUUUGUACACAGAUUUGCCCUGGGCUCCAGGACCUUAUGAAACCCCUUCCCUAUUGACAUGAAAGGUAAAGGUGUAAUCAGCCCACUUUGAUACCACACUCUGAGGUUUCAUACCUGCUUGUGGGUUCUUGUUUCUAAAAGGAGCAUGCACCUCAGCAGGGCCCUGGGCUGCCACAGCGGCCAGCUGGUGAGCCCAGGCACUUCCGUCUGUUCUCUUGUCCCCCGCCCAGCGAAUUCCCACAGCAGUGCUGCCCUUGAGCACAGUUCUCUCCCUAGGCCAAAGAUGGUUUUGUGAAGAAGCUGCUUCCCUACAAGUCUCACGGUGUGAAAGCGUCAGCUCGGAGAGUGGAGACUCGCAGUCAAGUCUUAAGCAGCCCUUUUCUGUUGUGUGGGGGUCUCACGUGUAUAAGUGUUUUCUGCUGUAGUUCUGUUUCUUACUUGGGUUUCAUCAUGAAAGUGAUUUACCUUGAAUGCAGCCAGACACUGUCUCCUGGGUCCAACAUGAGUGGCCAGGGCCUGCGUGGAAGCUAAGAGCUUGGAUUUCCGGGAACAAAGGGCCAUCCCCAUAGGAUUGAGGAGAAAUCCUGGCCCUCUUCCCUAAAGAAUUCUCCCCACCCCAGCCUGCAGCUUUGACUUUCUCCCUGAGUCUUGACCAGGAGUUGAGGGAGAGGCUGAGGCUCUGCUCCACCAGAGAGACCUUUUCGGAUGUGUUUGGGCGCUUCUUGGGAAAUCCAAGCCUUAGGUUCCCUCUGUCUCUGGCAGUUGGAUGUUUUCUCGGUGUCCUCCAUGUCCUUUUUUGACUUUUCCCUGUGUCCAUUGUUAGCAUGUGCGAAAGUUCCCUGUCAUUACCCAGCCCCUACCCCGCCCGCCUCCUCAUUUCAGGGCUGUACAACAGUGAGUGUUCCUGUUCUCUCUCUCUUUGUUUGGAUGUAUUGCUCUGUGUAACUCAGUGGGUCUCCCUCUUUCUGGUUUGUUUUUUUUUCUAGAUUCCUGCCGUUUGUUCAUCGUUGUGCCUAAAGCAUGUCGAUGUGGCGUCAAGUACAUCGUCCAAAUCCCUGUCUCUUCAGCUUCUCUGAUGCUUGAACUCUCACCUUUGACCUUGUGUUGACCUUUGAUGCUGACGUGUAUUUUUAUUAUGUUUGUUUCUUUCUUUGUUUUUUCUUUUUUCUUUCCUUUUUUUUUUCUUUUGUGCUGCCAAAUUGGUUUUGCUAGAACGACUGCUGAAGGGGAAAUAUUUAAACUUGCAUUUGAAUAUAAAAAAAAUCUAUUUUUCUAGAACUUCAUAAGAUAACCACUUGAUUUUGUGAUUCCAAUUCUUUGUAAUUGUCUUCAGAGCAGCCCUACUAGCACAUACCGCGUGGUGUUUGUAUUUCUGUGAACACACAGCCAGUCUGUUUCUAGGCUUUGUUUCUCUGUGUGCUUAGUUUUAAAGACAACUUUGAAGUAAACAAUGAAAUAAAAGAUGUCACUAAAA